CAAUCACUUCCACUGAAAGCAAGGCGUUGCGCCUGUACGUCAGACCUUUCCGGAACAGCCUAUUGGGAGGAUUCUAGCGAUUGUUGCUCGAGUCCUCUGUUGUUCGUAUUCCUACAUGUUUCCUUGCUUUGCAAGAUUCCCGUUGGUGAAUUCUGUGUAUUUGUUGGUGUCCCGAAAAAAGAGACUCGGUCGGUAAUCGUUGUGCUGGUGUAGAUCCUUUGUUUCCCACCCGUCAUGACCCUACUGGGCACGACUGCCACUGAGCCUUCCCGCUCGGUGGCACGACCUUUGGCCAACCUAGGGAAUACCUGUUAUAUGAAUUGUGUACUGCAAUCGUUAGCCCAUUGUCCGGAACUUUGUUUGGCUAUGGAUACGCAGCCACACCGUUUGACUUGCCCCGUAGCCACCGAAAACGCCAUCCUUUCGCGAUCUGCUUCGCCGUCGUCGUCGCCCGACGACAGUCUCACGGGCAACAAAGAACCGCGCAAGACGGCAACGCGGAAAUCGCGGCGUUCCGGCCGCAAGACGCCCCCCGACGACGAAGACACGGCUUCGUCCUCGGGUUGGCAGUUUUGUGCGCUCUGUGAAGUCGAAAAGCACCUACAGAGCGUGCACGAUUCCGUGCACAAGGACAAGCCCGUGGCACCGUCCACCUUUGUCGAAGGCUUUAUCGAGCACGUGGCGCCGUGGUUCAAGUUGGGGGUGCAAGAAGACUCGCACGAAUUUCUCCGUCUCUUGAUUGACGCUAUGCAAACCUCCUGCCAACAAGCUCGAGCCCUACCCCAUGCGGAUAUUUCCCGAGACGGCAGUCCACAAGGAAUCAAGCCGGACCACAGGAAUCAAGACUAUGAGUAUCCCUUCUCUCUCUUUCGUGGCACCGUCCAGUCCAACGUAACUUGCAGCUCUUGCCAGGCUUCCAGCUCGACAUUGGAUCCCAUUGAAGAUAUAGGUCUCGAAGUUACGCUCCCUUCUCACGUCUCGCCAGGUGCCAACGAUCGAUCUUCGCGCAACAGCUCUCCCGUCCCGGCUCCAGCGCUGGCGGACGUGCAAGCCGCCUUUCAACGAUUUGCGCGGGCCGAAGCCUUGGAUUCGGGCUACAAAUGCGAGAAGUGUGGCAAGGUUGGCCGCGCCACCAAGCAAUCUUGCCUGUCGUCCAUCCCGCCCAUUUUAACACUCCACCUCAAGCGCUUCCGAUACGGCGACUCCCGUACGACCAGUACUGCAGCAGCCGGCACCACUGGUCGUCGGACUGGCCGAUCCGAAAUUAAUCAACUCCUCGGCAGCAACGCCGAUUUCCUCGCCGGCAAGUCUGGCUCCGCCAAGAUUGAAGGACACGUCAAGUUUGAUCUCUUCUUCGACCUCAAGCCGUACUUGACCGCUGAACUUAAGAAACAGCACUCCAAUAUGUUUUGUCGUCUGUUUGCCGUGAUUGUGCACGCGGGCAAGAACUCGCACUCGGGUCACUACAUUGCCUACGUCCGUAGUCUGGCCCGCAACGAAUGGUGGAAAAUGGACGACGGCCGUGUGACGGCAGCUAGUGAGCAAGAAGUGUUAAUGGCGGAAGCCUACAUGCUCUUUUAUCGCGUCGUCCAACACCCGAUUGCGGUGCAAUUGGAAGAAAAAUGCAAGGCCAAGUUUCAAAAUCGUCACGAGCGAGAGCACGUCCAGGCUUCGAUCGCCGCGACCUCCAUUGAACCGGAACAAUCCAGCAUACGAGGCUCGAGUCGCAAGCGUGCCGCUCCCGCGUUUGAGGACGGUGAGGAAUGGGCGCGGGCCAAGACGAGCAUCCCUCCGCGCCUGCUAGGUUUGAUUCGCAAGGCACAAGAAAUGGUGGCGGACGACAUCCAACUUUCUCCGGACUAUUUCAAGAUGAUCUCGGAAGAAGCUGCCAAGGAGAAUGCCGCAAUCGGCAAAGGCCCGAGCAAGAGCAUCUGCGAGGACGAUGUACUGGGCGGAGCCGAAUCUUUUCGUCGUAAAUUGUGCGACCUCUUUUACAAGCUAGCCAAGCACUUUGAUGGCGAUGGCAGUGGGAACGGUACUUCCUGGCUCUGUCGGGACAAGUCUGACCGGGCCAACGAUGACGCGAAACGGGUUGCCGUGGUGGAGCCCGAAGACGUUGAUUUGCUUUGAGAAUGAAAAUUUCGAAAAUACCCUCACCAGAAUAAUGAAAUCAAAAUAGACACAAAGAAACAAAUAAAUAUAACUGUGUACAAAAC